AGUUUGCUUCUAGCUGUCGCGCGUACGGUUAAACGAAAUUCGAAACGCGCAAUCCCAAAGAAAAAAGAGGAACCUCAUAUUUUCAAAUUUUUUUUUCCAAAAAAAUUUUCACCCCAAUAACAGGAACUCAGAAUACACCGGCGUACUCAGAUUAUCAAAGAGGUGCAUAGAAAUGUGUGUUAAAAAAAGAUCUUACGAAUUUUUCACUUAAAAAAAAAAAAACAACCCCCUUCGAUGGAUACAUCGAUGAUAUAUUUACACAAACGCCAAGUUUUAUUUCAAACGAGUGAACUAUAAAGAGUGUUGGUAUUAAGGUAUCAGGUUGUGCAGGUUGGUGAUGAAAUAAAGAUAAAAAGUCAUUAAAAAACACUUUGGCGUUGUAAAGAAGAAGCUCAAGAUUGAACUGGAACUCUCAUACGGUAGUGGGUGUGAUAUACACUGCAGUCUGAGUGUGUAUGAGAGACUAAACUUGAACGUUCAAAAGUUUUUCCACGCGAAAAGUUCAGCGAAAGAUACGAAAAAAGAAGAACCGCGUCUUUUCCAUAAGACAUCAAAAACAGAAGCAGCUAUAGUCCACGGAGAAGUUUGCAAAAACAAAAAAAAAAAAAAAAAAAGCAAACAAACAAAUAAAACAAUUCUAUGAGCUGUACGCAUUAAACGAUGACCCAUGUACCGCCGCAAGCUACCGUCGUCGCACGUUUUUCAACCGUUGUACUCGCGCGUCACAAGAGACUGUGAAAAUUCAAAAAAAAAAAUAAAAAGAGGUGUAACGGAGGUAAAAUUAAUUCAAUAAAAAUAUAGCGAAUAUUACGCAACUGAAACCAGACAAGACAUUCACCUGCGGAGACUGUUGUUUUUUUUUUUUCUCCUCAAAUGCGUAAUUGGAAAUUUUAAUUGUCUGUUUUAAAAAAGUUCAAUCCUUCUUUUUUCUCUCAUUUUUUCGGUGAAUAAAUAAAAGUUUCGCGACAUGAACACCGGUCAUUCAACUAUUUCGAAACGUGUAAACUGCAGCCGCAGCAUCCGAUCGGUGGUAUUGGAAUGAAAGAGAAUUUCUGUUAAUUGAAAGAAAAAAGGGUUUCAUGAAAUUAAAAAGGAAAAAUAAAACAGAGUGAUACGUGAAAAUAUUCCAAGUGAAGGAUAAAAACGUACAAUAAAACACGUAGAAUUUCAAUUAUGGAAAAAACGUAAUCUGCUGCAAAAAUAUGUCUGUGACUUAGAGAACAGGAGUCCCUCCCCUACGGGGAUCCUUGUACCUUAAGACAAAUAUUAAAAAGAAAAAAAAUUACUCAACCGAAAAACCAUACGAAAAAGGUAUUCGUGAAGAGGGAAGAAGAAGAGGGGCGGAAAUAUUUAUCCAUUAAUAAAGGGGUUCACGUACCGCGAUAAGAGAAUAUGUGCUGUUCUGGCGAAGGAGCCGGUGGGUCAGGAGGAUCAAAUAUGACCCGUUGCGGGGUGGUUUGCGGGCUAGCUGCUCUCGCGGCACUAACAACAGCCCUACUCGGUCCGGCUUGGCUUCAUACCGAGGAACGUCUGCUCAUUCCUCACCUUCCGCAGAGCCUCGCGUCAUCGGUUUCGGUAAAAUUCAAGCUCGGCUUGUUCAGAGCCUGUCCGAGGAUCGUGAAGCCGGCGAAUUUAACGACACAUAUUCUGACGCCGGGAUGCAGUAACGUGAGAUACACGAGUACCGACGAUAUCAGAUCCCAAGAAUUGGGAUUUCGUCAGCUCGAUUUCACGCCAACGGUGGUCUCCAGAAUAAGGAUAUCAGCUCCGUUUCAGGUUGUGGCGGUCGCUCUCGUCCUCGCAGGAACCAUUUCCGCUUUAAUUGGUCACUGUUAUUCGGAUCACCGAACGCUGAUAGCAUGUGGUUUAUUUCUUCUCGGCGGGCUUUCUCUCGGCGGCGGUUUAUUCGUGCUGGCAUCGGCUUUGUCGGAUGCUUCACUCGAGCUGCCCCGGAAAUACAUUUUUCCAUCAACUUUCCGGAUCCCGUCCGACGAAAAAGGCCUUCCUCAGUACCAGUACGGCUGGUGUCUUCAAUUAUCGGGACUCGCUCUAAUCCUGGCCGAGGUGGCCGCUCUGCUCACCGUAUCUGGUUACAUGGCGAGAUUUCCAACGGUCGAAGACAUGGUGAGGGUCAUGGUACCGGGUGCUGAAAGGAAACUGCGAGAGCAGAGAGGUCUCAGUUCGGAGUACCUCGUUAGGGCACACCAAAAGUCACCGGGACCACCGCAAACGCGAGGAUUCCAUCAGCCAACAAAAGGUCCUCAACGACUUCCCGAGGAGGGUACGUCCCUGCUGUGCAAAACAGCGCCGGAUAUAUGCGCCUCGAAUCCACAGGCAAUAAGUUACGUAGAUAAAACCGACCUCUCCAACAUGUUACCAGCUUACCCCGAUAACAAAAAUGUCGACCCGCGUUUUACGUUCGUCGAUAAGCCAGAACAGAGUAUAAUCGAUUCGCGCCUAAGUGGUUUCGCUGAUAAAGAGAGUCUCAUGGAUUCGAGAAUUUUGUCCGGCUCGAGGCAGAAUAUGAUCGCGUUUACCGACAGCAAGGAACACAAUUUAGGAAUCGAGCCAAGGUACACGGAAUUCUCCGGGCAGAGCGUCGUCGACUCGAGACUCAGCGGUUUCGCCGACAAAGAAGGACUUCUCGAUUCGAGACUCGGCGGCGGCGGUUAUUCGGACAAGGGUGAAUGUCUGCUGGACACGUCCUUCGGCUUUGACAGCCAAUACAACAGUUUGGCGGGUCAGACGGUGCCGAUAACAUUGAAGCAUCAAAAUUCAACGGUAUCGGCGAUACAGUCGCAAUUCACGUACCAAAAUUUCGGUACCAUUCAUUCGGGGAUUCUCGGUGUGUCCGAGCCAGGUACGAGUUCCAGUUCGAAUUCGAGUCAGCGAAGCAUGACGCUUCAAAAUCCGAAGAGAAAAUCUCAAAUCGCCCAAAACACGUUCAGUACGUUGGAAUGUGAGAAGAGAAAACGCGGACCCGGAGUUACGGGAAAGGGCAGUUACUACGCCGGAAGUGCGGUAUGACCACCACCGCCUCCCUCCACGCCGAGGUAACUCCGAGAGGACGAAACGCCGCUUUAGAUCUACACCUGCGAUGGCGUAGAGAUUGAAAGGACGAAGGGCGGUUCGCCUCGGACGCAUUGCCGGCUAGAAGAGUAAAAAAAAAAAAACUCAAGAGAUACGAAGGGAGAGAGAAGGGAAAACAAAAAGAGAAAAAAAUUCACAUGCGAAAUCUAAAAGUACCAAAAAUUGAAGGGGAUUCCGUAAGGGGAUGAUAAAAAAAAAACGGCCGCUGUAUAAGGUAGAUAAGUAUAGAAUGGGCGGCCUUUGCCUGCAGGUAUCCCUUUGAGAUGAAAAGAACGUUACUUUGCGUUUCAUUUUUGUUUUCCAAAAAAAGGGAAAGAGAAAAAUAAAGUAAAAACACGGGGAAUAAAUUACAUGCCCAGAGGCGUUGCGGUCGACAAUCGCUUCUAUGCUUGACUCUGUAAUAGUAUAUGAUCAUGUAAAUCCACGCGCACGCCAAAUUAUCGAGAAGAAAAUAAAAGAAUAAAAAAUCGACAAAUAAAAUAAUAGUACCGCCUAAGUUAAAAGAUGAAUGAUAAAAAUAAAAUUUAAUCAUAACGGUAUAGAUGAAUAUUUAAAGAGUUAAGAUCUGAAUGUAGAAAUUUUCAGAAUUCCUUGUAAAAUCUUAUGUAAGAAAGUUUCUUUGAAACGAUGUGAUAAUUUAAGUAUAACGAAACCUGCAGUCGAGGCUAGGCCGUAUUUACUUUGAAGAUCAAAACGUUUAUAUAUUAUAGACAUAUACACAACACAGGUAUUCGGAUGAUGCGUUAUUGUGAAUAAUUAUAAUUAUCGAUUAAUUGUAAAUAAUUAUUGCGAGUGAAGAAGAAAAAAGAAUGAGAGAGAAACCGACGCGAAAGGAAUUUGAUUUUCUCCUUUCAUCCCUAAAAAAUGAUAACGAUACGACCUAUAUCGGUAAUGAAUUAUAACAUUAAAACUACGAGGCAAUAUGUAAUGUGUAUGAAAAGGCUCAAAUAAUAGUGUCUCUUUUAGAUAUAAAAUAGCGUCAAUUUGACACGCGAUUUUUUCGUUCAAAGUAUGACUUGAAUUUUUCACAUCGUUCAACUUUGAGCGAAGAGAUGAGCUUGAAGUUAAAAAAAGAAAAGUAACGAUUACAAGAAAAAAAAACAAAAAAAACGGAGAGAUUUAAUUAAAAUUCAACCAUUAAUAAUUGAACGAAUAAAAGAAGAAGAAAAAAAAAAAUUAUAACCGCAUAUUUCAAUAACUGUAUAGAUAACCAGUCGGAAUAAAAUUGAACGUAUAAUAAACUGUAACACGUACGAUGCAUAAAAAUUGAUAGUAUCGAUAUCGAUCGAUAUGUUUCAUUACAUAGGAUGCGAAUUUAUUUAAAUAUUUUGAAAACAAUUAGAAAUAAGUUGAAAAAAAAAAAAAAUUAAUAAUAAUGAACAAAUGAAAUAAAAUCGUAUAUAAUCUGUUAUUAUAUAAAAUAAAAAAAAAAAAGUAUCUAAGUUAAGGACAUAAUGUAUAUCUAUAUAAAUAUAUUUGUUCACUAACCAUUAACAUAUCAAAUUGGGUGGAAUAAUAAAAAUGAUCUUGCGUUAAAUUACUCAAAUUGUAUUAAUAAAACGAGAAGGAAUGAAAAGAAAAAAAGAACGGAGAGGGUGCGCGACGAUACGCGGUCAACGACCCAUUUUAUUUUCUCAUCCUUAUAUCCCUCUCGUUUCACGCGCGCCUUACGUGUUCUAUCGAUGUCAGAAGCACCGACCAAAUGGAGCUCCUAUGAUUCACCCCUUUCUUCCCUCCCUGGAAAAAAAAAAAAAAAUUGAAAAUAAAAAAACCUGUUUCGUAUUCCAUCCCGCAACCCUCGCUUCGAAGACGUUGAAGAAUUUUGAACAGUUCGACGUUAUAGUUACGUUAUAAUUCGCACACGAAAGAGUGAGACAAAAACUUUAAAGACAAAAAAUAAAACAGAAGGAUUCAAAUACGAUCGGUGAAGAAAUGAAAAAUUCCUCAAUAUUUUUCGAGCAGGGAUCGCACGGAAGAAAUGUCUGACGACAAUGCUUGCGGUGUAAUGGUGGUGGACGGGAGUGCAAGGCUGUUAAAUAUCUUAAACAAUGUUCGUAGAUGAAUGUAAUAAAAUGUUUUUCAUAAGAAAA